GAUAUUGGAUAAAAAAACAAACCAUGAGUACUUCAUAUCUAAAAUCUUAUUAUCGCAAGGGUUCUACAUUACUAACUUCUGAACAAAUAGAGAUAAUUAGAAUGUUCAAAGGGAAGAUUAGCACUACUAUACCAACCUACACCGAAGGGGAAAUUUUAUUACAGAGCAAUGGUUCUUCGAACCUACAUUUGGAAGAUACGGAGUCUCGAGUUAAGGACUCAUCUACUACUCUCCCCAAUAAAGAGAUAAAAAAGAGAA